CUUUUCCUUUCCUCGUCUCGAAACAUGGCAAUAACCCUAUUUUGUUGACAUCCCACUCUACAUCGUCGCUCGUUUCAGCAAACAAUCGCUGUAACCCGUCAGCACCACUGUUGGUAUUCAGGUAUCCCUACCCCGAUUAUCGAUAUCGUCUGACUACCUUGAUUCCAUCGCGGGACGGUGGGACAAAUUCAGCGCGUCUUCUAUCUGAAUUGGAUAUCUUCACAGCCGAGCAUAUCCCAUCGUAUGCACAUUUCAGAUACUAUACACCAUAUUAUAGUAUUCCUUUUCUCUUGCACAUCAUCUUUUUUGGGGUUGAAUCGGACCGUCAGUCUCAGCAACAAUGAGAUCGCAACGCCGGCUGAAGUACUACUUGAUUGCAGUCGUCGCUAUCCUUCUUGUUCUUACUUAUCUCACGACCGAUGCCGCCGGGGGGAUACAAGACCGUCACUUUUAUAAAUCUACCGUGACUGCGAUGGAUAAUGCGAGACUGGCAGCUAUUAAAAAGAGCAACGAUGCCAAGGACCGAUCCCAUAUACAGAAACUUGACAUCGAGAAAGCCGCGGGGAAGCAGAGCGCCUUGCGCGAAAAGCAAGAGACGGCCAAUCGCGUCAAGAAUGAAGAGUUGGAGGAAAUCUCCGUCGCCGGACGAACCAAGAUGCAAGUUCCGAAACCAAAAGGUGAAGACUCGGUCGCCGCUCCCAAACCAGCAAAGAUUAGCCAGAGCGAAGACACAGAUGAGAGCAAAGAAGCGGACGAGGCCAGCGCUGAACUGGAGUCUAUUUUGAAACGAUCGCCAAUUAUCAUCUUUUCGAAAUCGUACUGUCCGUUCAGUAAGAAAGCAAAGAAUGUCCUCCUUGAGCGCUAUUCCAUUGUUCCCGCUCCCUACGUCGUCGAACUCGAUAUACAUCCACUUGGACUUCAUAUCCAACAGCUUCUGGCUCAAAUAACCGGUCGUCGUACCGUCCCGAACAUCCUCGUUAACGGACUUAGCAUUGACACUCUUAUUUCCAAAAUCAAGUCAAUAGCAGGUCAACGCGUUAUGGAGAUAAAACGGUUACCAGAAACAGAACAAGGAAGCGAAUGAAUACGGAGCUAUAGGGUUCACGGUUUACCGCGUACCGUUGUUGCCCUCUUUGAAUGAUCUCUUGUAUAUGUCCCCCUUCUUAUAUCUCGGGUUUGCAUGAAUGGCGUUGAAAACUUUUGGUGAUUCGAUUAACAGUAUUGGCCUUAUCGGUGUUGUGUUACACUUUGUGGCAGGAUAAGUUAUUGGAUCUAUUUUUUAUCUACCUUGUUGAUACAUUGGCUAUUUUGAUGUACAAAUCACUAAUUACUUGGCGUGUAUAUCCACAAACACAAUUUUAAUAUCCAAAA